GGGCUAACCCCGUGGUUAGCUCAAACCUCAGCCCAAUAACUGUUGGUUUUAUAUGCCACUAAAAGGGUACGUUUUGUGAUUCUUUACAUAGUGGUGGGUCGAAUCCGUCCUGUAGAAGGAGCUUCUAAGGGAAAGGCUCAUCUGGAGAUGAUCGGGCCGACGACAUGGACCCUAGAUUUCUCCUGGACCGCGAGAAAACUGUCGAUCUUCGCAUAUUAAAGCCCAUUGUGCGUGCCUAUGCCUUGAGUUACCUGUCAUCAACGGUCCCGAGGAUCGUAUCAUGGGUGCGAUUGGUAAGGAAGGAAGAUGCAAAUUCAAGUCCUGGGCAACGAAUUACAGAGCUCCGUCGAAUUCUCGUUAAUGCAUUGCGGUUGAAUGGGUUUCCAGCUUUCUGCGCUUUUGUCGUUGCUGGAUCUACCUUACUUCCGGUCCUGAUCCUCAGGAUCUAUUCAACUCUUACUGCAAAGGCGGGGACGAAGAGGUUAUCACAAACCCGCCGAGUCUUACAGCUCGUCCGGUUUUUAUCUGCUUUCAUAUCGUCUUGGUUUAGCUUCCGGCUCCUCAACAAACGGCAGCAUGAAGUGCGAGACUCUUCUGUUAACUCAAGCCCACGGGAGGAAGACGUGACGGUUACAUCGAGACACGAUUUGACUGAGCGACCAGAACUGACUGGUAGGACCUUGGACUUGACUCUCUUUGUAUUCACUAGGGCCGUGGAUGUGGUUGCAUGCAUAGCAUGGGAACGCUGGCGGCAACGACGAAAGGCGCAGAACCGCUGGACCUUCGCUGAAUCUAUUGCACCACGGCUAGCAGAUAGCGUCAUUUUCACCGCAAGCACUGCGGCUAUUAUGUGGGCGUGGUUUUAUGAGCCAGAACGUCUCCCACGCUCGUACGAAAAGUGGAUCGGGGAAGCUGCGAAGGUUGAUUCGAGGCUAAUCGAGGCUCUCCGUCGAGCUCGAAGAGGGAUAUUCGUAUACGGAAAGGAUACUGGCCAAGCACCGUUGCUUCAGUCUAUGUGCGAGGAUUACAGCUGGCCACUUGAAUGGGGCGACCCAGCAAAAACAAUCCCUAUACCAUGUGAAAUGGUUCACAUGGGAUGCGGCCCUAGUUGCGAGAAACAUGCCGCGUGGCGCUUUGUACGAGCGUUCAAGUUUGCAAGCGCUACUUAUCUUCCUCUUCAGCUCGCACUACGGCUUCGGACGAAACGGCAACUCUCUCGUGUCGUUGCUGCAGUUAAGGACACGCUGCGGUCAUCAACAUUCCUUGCCUCUUUUAUAACCAUCUUCUACUACUCGGUCUGCCUUGCACGGACGAGGUUGGGACCAAAGAUUUUUGACUACAAGACGAUCACGCCGAUGAUGUGGGACUCGGGACUGUGUGUUGGUGCCGGGUGUCUCCUCUGCGGUUGCAGUGUCCUCGUGGAGGGUGCGCGUAGGCGGCAGGAACUAGCCCUAUUUGUGGCACCGCGAGCAGCAGCAACCCUGCUACCCCGACGGUACGAGAAGAAGUAUGAAUAUCGGGAACAGGCGGCUUUUGCCCUUAGUACUGCAGUAAUUUUCACCUGUCUGCAAGAGCGACCAGAAUUUGUCAGGGGUUUCAUUGGCCGAAUUGGUGCCCGGGUCAUAAGAUGAAAGUUUCUGCAUUGUGUACUUGUCUGGAUGGUUACCAUGCUUGGCCGCAUAACACAGGGCGUUGGCUAGGUCGGUUGUUCCGAAGGCAAAAGA